AUGAGGCGCGAGCUCCAGAGCGACCGGCUUCUAAUCAAAGGAGGAAAAAUUGUCAACGAUGACCAGUCAUUUUAUGCAGACAUCUUUGUGGAAGACGGGGUGAUAAAUGGUAAACGGGCGAAUGCCCAGGCCCUUUCUGCUGUGGUCCGAGGUGGGACCCGCCCGUCUCCUGUCGCGCGGGUAGAAGGGAGAUUUCGCUCGUGCCUGCGGUUCCCGUACAUCCUGAGGAGUCUGUUCAGCGCAGAUUACCGAAAAGCAGGCGGUGUGAACUCCUUUCUGGUUUUCAUGGCUUACAAGGACAAGCUCCAGUGCACCGAUGCCCAGAUGUAUGAAAUAUUCAGCAUUAUCCGAGACUUAGGGGCCGUUGCCCAAGUGCACGCUGAGAAUGGAGACAUCAUUGACGAGGAACAAAAGAGGCUGCUGGAGCUUGGGAUUACGGGGCCAGAAGGGCACGUUCUUAGCCGCCCGGAGGAGGUUGAAGCAGAGGCAGUGUACCGUGCCAUUACAAUAGCAAAACAAGCCAACUGCCCCUUGUAUGUCACAAAAAUAAUGAGCAAAGGUGCAGCAGAUGUGUUAGCUCAAGCAAAGAGAAAAGGCGCAGUUGUGUAUGGAGAGCCAAUCACAGCCAGCCUGGGCACCGACGGGUCACACUAUUGGAGUAAAAACUGGGCCAAGGCUGCAGCCUUCGUCACGUCUCCUCCGAUCAGCCCCGACCCGACGACGCCCGAUUAUCUCACGUCCCUUCUGUCAUGCGGGGAUCUGCAGGUCGCGGGCAGCGCUCACUGCACAUUCACCACCGCGCAGAAAGCGGUAGGAAAAGACAACUUCACCUUGAUUCCAGAGGGAACGAACGGCAUCGAAGAGCGAAUGUCGAUAAUUUGGGAAAAGUGUGUGGUCUCGGGGAAGAUGGACGAGAACGAUUUUGUAGCAGUGACCAGCACAAACGCGGCCAAAAUCUUCAACUGCUACCCCAGGAAGGGGCGAAUUGCCGUCGGUUCUGAUGCGGACUUGGUCCUCUGGAAUCCCAAGGCUACAAAGAUUAUCUCAGCAAAAACCCACAAUUCGAACGUGGAAUACAACAUAUUCGAAGGCCUCGAAUGCCACGGGGCUCCCAGCGUGGUCAUAAGCCAGGGAAAGGUGGUGCUGGAAGACGGGAGCCUGUUCGUCACCCAGGGGUCCGGCCGCUUCAUUCCUAGAAAGACAUUCCCGGAUUUUGUUUAUAAAAGAAUAAAGGCAAGAAACAGGGCCCUGGAAAUCUGGAAUGUUGUCAUUUAACUGCUUUGGUGUGAGGCUCGGCACUUUAGUCAAUAAUACCCAUCCCUUUUGAAUAGGUGGUUGGUUUACUCGACAGCAGAUACUCAUUUAAUUCAUUCUGAAAUGAAAGAAAGAUGCAUUGUGUUUGCACGCACACGCACCCCCCGCCCACACGCACACGUGCACACCUCUCGCCCCCCCCCCGCCGUCCGUCCAAUAAUUUGUGCUGGUGGGUAAGAUCUGCCAGAUCUCCCCGGCGAAACGGCGGGGAGACUCAGCAGCAAACUGCGGGAGAGAAGAUCGCGCAAGUGUGAAGAAGGGAAAUAAACGUUGUUAUCUAAUGCCAUGUCUUCUAAAUUUAAUUUGAAAAGUAAGAAAGAUCUUAACAUGCUAUAA